GUUCUUAUAUUUGGACGGAUCAUAACCGUUGAUUGUUGUUUCUAAUUAAAUUGAUAUUGGGGUAUAAGAUUUUUAGAAAUAAGUCCUACAUUUUGAUCAUUAAGGGUUAGAGUAUAGUAUUGUGUGCGAAAGAUUAGUCAAUUCAAGGUCUGGAUAGUAUUUUCAUACUCAAGGUAUGCGAUACCCCAGAUUUCACUCUAGGUACCGUAGAACUCACCUAUUAGGUUAAUAUAUACAACAAAGUAGUAUGCUGGUGUAUAAUUGAAACUAAAAUCAACAUGAGGUACUUGGUUCAAACCUUUUGAAUGGUGUUUGUUUUUGGAUACAAUGUGUGUAACACUGAAUUUCGGUGUUUGGUCUAACCAGCCAGAAUUUUCAGAUUUUGUAACACCUCGACAUUUAGGUCUGGGUUCAACCGAAAGGUUGAAUCAAUGAUUACGUACAAAGGGUGACAACCGAGAAUUAGUAUUAAUAAUAAUAUUAAUUAUUAUAUUAUAUAUUGUUAAAAAAAAGGAAAAGAUAUUUCUCAUAUGGUUACUCCAUUCCUCUAGAAUUCCCUCUCCCUACGUUUUACUUCCAAACCCAAAUUAAACCUACCUUUAAUUCCUUUAUAAUCCCACACCUGUUAAACUCCAUCUUUUCACACCAAACGUUUCCUUGAAACUCUCUCUAUUUUAUUAGAAGAAGCAGUAACGAGAUAAAUAGGAUGAAGGAAGAAGAAAAUCCUCCCAUUUACCCGUUACUCAUUCCCCCUACUAAUUCCUUCAUGAGUAACGUCACGGCUAACAUUUCCAUUAUCAUUUUAAUUAACCCUACGUUACUCUCAAAGCAGUGCAUUAAGCAACAACAGCCACUGAGAAACCCCCACUCCCAUCUCAUACCUCCCCUCUCGUCGUAGCGGAACCGAAAAUAAAGUGAAGUGACGUGAUGGAAAUCACUUGUGAAGAUCAAGUUGCGGCUUUUGGUGCUUUAAUUUGUCAGGCCCCCAGCAAUGGAUGGGCAUAAAAGAAAGUCUGGGAGCGAAGAAUUGUCGGCGUUCAGAUCCUGGCAAGGAUGGAUCGAUUGUCGGAGUAAGAGCUCAACUGGAAUUGGACUUCGUUCAUGGAUUUAAGCCAAAGUGAGUAGAUAACAAGGGCUCAAGAUCUGGUGAAUAGGGGUGGGGGGGCUUAGUCAUCAGACUAAGCCUCUCUCAACCGUUGAUUACUUUUUAGAUCCGACGGUGGAAUAGCCUAGCAGUAGGGACGGGGGCGUUUUGGUCAUUUAUGUUUUAUUUAAAAAAAAUUCGUUUUUUUAUGUCAGAAUAAAAGCUGUUCGUGGGAGAGGAGAGAGAAUCACAAACCAUUUUUCACGGGAGAGAGACUUCUUCUUCUCUGUUUCCCCCAUUUUCUCAGAUUCGCCAUUUUCGUCUACAAAUUCGUCAGUUACGUCGGCGUUCUUCCUCGUCCGGCCCGGCGGUUUCCAUCGAGAGUCUUCCUCGUUCGGCGCGGCGCGUUGCUCUCUGUUUCAGCGGCUUCUUCGGCGGUUGUUUCAGCGGCUUUCAUCCGGCGGUUUCCUUUUUCGGGUUGUCUUCCUUUGCGUCGGCGGUCUUCCUCGUCCGGCGGUUUCCAUCGAGAGUCACUCACUCUCUGUUUCAGCGGCUCCGACGGCGGUUUCCAUCGACAUAUUUCAUUUUCCCCCUUUGCGUCGGCGGUGUGUCGGGCUCAACUCGGCAGGCUUUCUUCUCGCUUCUCCGUCUGCGCCGACGCCGGCGAUUAUUUGUGAAUACGAAGACCGCUUUUUGGGUAAGUCAAAACCGCAUUUCUUAUUUCGGCAAUUCUUUAAAACCCUAACCGAUUUUGAUGCUAGGUCAGAAUCACAUUUUUAAUUGUGGGUUGAUUUCUGGGUUUGUAUUGUUGGAAUGGGUUGGUUGUAUACUUUCUGGGUUUCCUUGUAUUGAUUGUUUAGUAAUGUUUGUGUGUUUUCAUACCUCUGUUUGUACUCUUCAUGGUUCAUACAGUUUGUGCACUUUGUUUCUCAUGUUCAUACAGUUUGUACAGUUUGUGCACUUUGUUUCUCAUGUUCAUACAGUUUGUACACUUUGUUUCUUAUGUUCAUAUAGUUUGUACAGUUUGUGCACUUUGUUUCUCAUGUUCAUACAGUUUGUACCCUUUGUUUCUCAUGUUCAUUGAUGACUCGGUAUUUGCACAUGUUUUCCCCUUUGUUUCUUGAUUGUUUGAGCUUGAAUUAUUGCGUCUUUGGCCUAUUUUAUGCUAGGUUGUGUUCCUUUGUCCCAUUUCAGGUCCUAGCACAUAAAGUGAAGCAUAGGCGCAAGUUUCAAGUCAAUCAGAGAUCAAUUGACGAUUCGAGAGAAGAAACUCGGGCAUGACCUGAAGAAGAAUGGAUUUCUACCUCACUUUAUGGACAAAGAAUCAUGCAAGCUUGUUAUGAAACGAAAGAGGACGAGACUACGAGCGUCUGGGAUCAAACGGCGAUUGAUUCGGAGUCCGGACGAGGGAGAAACGAAGCAUUAAACAGAGGCUGAGCAAGCUGCACGGGCAGACCAGCGUGGCCACGCACGGCCGUGCAAGUGACCAGUUUGGCCGUGCGGGAUUGUGCGUGGGCACGCACGGGCACAAGUGAAAUCCGCACGGCCGUGCAACAUACAAUUCUGGCCGUGCGAGUUGGCUGAGGUUCAACUAAUUGAUACGCCGCGUUUUGAGGUGCACGGCCAGAAUGGUGAUAUGCACGGCCGUGCACCCUGGCCGUGCGAGUCGGGAUUUCCUGGUUUUAAGCCAAAUUCCGAACCAAAGAAGAGGGAGAGCUGGGUUUUGGAUCCCAAACACCCAAGGGACGAACCCUAGAGAGAGAGGGCGAUUUGAGGGCAUUCUUGGAGUAGAGAAGGAGGAUUUCUUCGCCUUGGAAGCUCGAGGAACAAGCCCGGACUUGAAGACUGAUCAUCUGAAGAUUCUUACUGCAGUCUCUCUCUUCUCUAUGGAGUAACUUCCCUUCACUUAGGUUUUGAGGAACCCUAGCUAUGUUUGUUUGAUUGGAUGAUUGUAUGAGUACUCUAACUGGAUAAUCUUGAGUUCAUAUUCAAUCUAUGCAUGUUUUCAUGAUUCAAUUCUACUUUAGUCGAGAUUAUUGAUUCUGUUUUGAUUCUAUGAGAGGGAAUACCUGAUUAGGUCAAUAGAGCACCAUAGAUUGAUAGUAGUGGAUCGAUUGCUUUAGUCGAGGGUUGAUUCACUGCUUUGUAUCGAUUGAGAACCUCUUUCGAUAGAGGGAGUCUAGUUCAGAACGCCUUGAUCAGUUGUUCUAGAGAAGGAUACGUCCCUCUAGGCAAUUGACUCAAGAGGGCCUUGUUCCUUUAGUCGAGACUCAAGGUCUAGUCAAGGAUUCUCCGCAUUGUGAAUGAAAGUGAAACAGGUUAGAGAUCAUCAAUCGUUAAUCUGGCUAGUGGCUAGGGGGAAUCAUACCUAAGUGAGUUCCCAACCUGUAAUUAGAUUAACUUUAACUGUAGUUUGCUAGAGUAGUUUUAGUUCUUUCAUCUUAAUCUGAUUUGCUAAAUAAUAAACUGAAGCUGAGUAAUAGUAACUCUAGAGACCCGUGGAUUCGAUAUUUAUCACUUGAGCCACUAUACUGCAGUCCCUUUCAUUGGUUACACUUGGCCUUUGUUAGGUGUUGUGUUUUAGCGAGUCAAGUUUUUGGCGCCGUUGCCGGGGACUUUCUAGAGUAUUAGGAAAGGCAGAAGUUUGUUACUUUAGCGUUUUUCUUUUCUUUUCCACCCUUGCUUUUCACUUGGGUGUUUUUGUUUUUGUUGGUGCAGAUCUGAAUCAUGGAUCCUAAUGGCUUCUCCAAUCAUUGGGGGUAUCCACCACCAUCUGGGUGGUAUUACCCCGAGACUCCCUGGAGCAAUCAAGGCGGAGAAGACUAUGGAUUCGGGUUCCAGUACCAACCCCCUUACUACGGAGAACAACCGGACCCCUGGGCAUAUCAAGAACAACCUCAUUAUCAAGAAGAAUUUCUCCCACAACCAGAAGGGCCAUCGGCGCUGGAGUUACUCAUGGAGCAGUAUGCUCGAGACUGUGAGAGAACAUGCUCCAGGAUGGAUCAGUGUGUCCAGGCCUAUCGUGAAACAGAUGAGAUCCUCCUGAGCCUUAAGAAGAGCGUCGAUGAUCUUGAGCGAUCUUGGGCGCAACCUGCUCCAGAUCACCCUUCUGCUACCAUACAAGAAGAGGAGGAGGAAGAAGAAGGCUACAAGGGCAUUGUGGAACACACUGAAGUCGUCACGGAGAGCUCCCGUGAUGAUCAUGAUCAGGCCUGUCAUGUCGUAGCCGACCACACCUUCCCACACCCCAAACUGAGCUUUGAAGAGGCGGGCAUGAGUGAGGAGAUGCAAGAAGAUCUCAUGAAAGAAAUUGCUUGGCAACUUGCUCUCCAAUCCGUGCUAGAAGAAGAAGAGCAAGAAAGGGUGCAGAAAGAAGUUGUGGAGGAUGACGAAAGUGAAGCUAGAGGAGUUCUUGAUCAUUUCCCAGGGGUGAUACCACAUGAAGAAGGAAGGGAGGUUGAAGAAGCAAUUGGCGUCCAGGCUGAGGACGAAGUUGAGGUGGAAGAGGCUUGCACCGGCCAUGAGUUACAUGUGAUAUCUCCACCAAACUUCGAGGAACUGCUUAGCAAGGACCCAUUUGCAGUGUCUCUUUGCCAGACCAAGGCCACCUCGACAUCGGUCCCUCUUGGUGGACGCGAUGGUGGCCAAUCGAUACUGUCAUAUCUGGUUUGGGGCAAUGAGACGAGAGAAGAGAAGAAGAGGUCUCGAGGGUGGAGACUUCAUCUGCAUCAAGUACAUGAGCCCUCAUCACCUGCCUCACCACAUGCUCAUGACUUGAGACUCCACCUCAUCGACGAGAACCUCAACUUCAAGGAGGUUCUAGCAUGGACCGAAACUUAGGAGCCAUCGUCCGGCUCACGACGUGAAAGAAGCGCUUGUUGGGAGGCAACCCAACCAGUCGGUUUGCAUUUCUUUCUCUAUUUCUCCUCGGUUGAGUCAGUUUUGUUAUUUGAUUUUAGAGUCAAUAACUCAACCUUUGUGAGAUUUUGUGUGGUGUUUGUGUUCUGAUUACUCUCUCUUCCUGGAAUGCACCGCCUGACCCGUUCAUCAUCAUUCACCCUUGAUCUGGUAACUUCGUUCUACCCUCCUUAUCUUUCCUCCAUUGAGGACAAUGUCGUGGUUAAGUGUGGGGGGAUGUUCGAUUAUGUAUGCGGGUGAAUGUUUGGCUGUUUGUGUGCUUAGAGCCUAGUCCACUGUCCAAAUUUUUAAAUUUGAGGGCUCCAAGUACGUGUUUCCGUGCAAUUGCCUGCUCAGUAUGCUUUGAAUUGACAGUCUUUAUAGUAAUAUGCAACCUAGGGAGGUAGUGUAGCACUAUGGAGGAUGUUGAUGCAUUUAAGAAGUCUCGUUUCUUCUUCAUAUUGUGUUGGUUGAUUGAGUGAAUUAGUGAUCUUAGGACCCUUGAAUUGUGUGGUGUUGUGGAUUUCUACCUGUCAUGGACUCUUGUAUCAUGUUUUGAAAAUAGCAGGUGCUCGAAAAUGUGCUUCAAAAUAACGUCUCCCGUGCGAA